AUGAGCGAUAUCAAAUACCAUCAAUUGAAACUAGGCCAUGAAAAAGACUUUGAAUCUAUCAAAAAACUUAUAAGCGACGAUUUGUCAGAGCCUUAUUCCAUAUAUGUGUACAGAUUCUUUUUAAACCAGUGGCCUCAAUUAUGCUAUAUUGCAAAAGACUCUUCAGAUGAAUUGAUUGGUGCUGUUAUCUCUAAAUUAGAGCCACAUAGAAAUGUUAGAUUAAGAGGUUACAUUGGUAUGUUGGCUGUUCAAAAAGAUCAUAGAGGUAAAGGAAUAGCUAAGGAAUUGGUGAAGAAAACAAUAACGGAGAUGAUUGACCAAGGUGCUGAUGAAGUGAUGCUUGAAACAGAGGUUGUCAACAUACCAGCCAUCACUUUGUAUGAAAACAUGGGAUUCAUAAGGAGCAAAAGACUCUAUAAAUAUUAUUUGAACAAGCAUGAUGCGUUCAGACUUAUAUUACCAGUGACAAAGAAAUCCACAACUAGAUCUGCCUUUUUGGAGAAAUUAGACCCAUCUCAAAUACAACAGAGUAUAUUAUAA